UGCUUACAGCUAAUGUUCCUACCUAAACCCAUGAAAGAUUGCCUCAUUGGAUGUGUGUUUGGUCUGUCCCGAAGAUGUUGACUUUUACAAAGUUUGGGCCUGCUGAUUUCAGGGAAUUGGGUGUACUAAGAUCACCAAAGCUAAAAAUGAAGGUUCUAUCAGUGGGAAUGUUGAAUCAAGAUCAUAUCUUGAAAAAAGACUAGUUUUUUGCUUUGGUUCUUAUGUUGCGGCGCAGCUAUUGCUUCCAUUUGGGGAAGAAAACAUUCUUUCUUCAUCAGAGCUGAAGCAGGCACAAGAGAUAGCUACAAGGAUGGUGAUUCAAUAUGGUUGGGGCCCCGAUGAUAGUCUUACGAUUUACCAUCAUGGCAAUUCGGUCACAGCUUUGAGUAUGGGAAACCAUUUUGAAUAUGAGAUGGCUGCAAAAGUGGAAAAGAUAUACUAUAUGGCUUAUGAUAAAGCAAAACAAAUGCUACAGAGAAAUCGAGAAGUGCUAGAGAAGAUUGUAGAGGACCUGCUCAAGUAUGAAAUCUUGACAAGAAAGGAUCUGGAGAGAAUUCUUGCUGACAGUGAUGGGCUGCGUGAAAAAGAACCAUUCUUUCUUUCGAAAGCAAAUAAUGAGCCUGUGCUAGAUAAUUUCCUCGAAGAAAACGGGAAAGCUUCAUCAAUGGCAUUUCUAACAGCUGCAAAUUAAAUAGGAAUGCCACAUAUCACCUUCUGGCACGCUCAUGCUUGCAGUUGUCCACCGUCUGAUUUGGAUAUUUUAGCACAUGCAUUUCUUUAGCCAUUUAUCAAUGUAAGAUGUUUUUUUCCCUCCUUUUUAGUUUUUUUUUUUAAUCUCUUUAUUUGUUCAUUUAUGUUUUCUUUCUUUUUAUUUUAUUUAUCUUUUGCUCUGCCUCUUCAUGAGGAAUAAGAAGAGGGUUUGGAGAAAAAGUAAAUAGGGGUAUGUACUGGAUCGGGCAGUACUACAGUUUGUAGAUUCAGGUUGAGAAGAGAUGGCAUCCAUUUUUCCUUCUCAUCUUGGAUGAGAUUUUGUUUAUUUUCUUAAUAUAUAUUUUGCUAAUUUUAUUCUAGGAAAAGUUUUUUAGUACUA